UAUAAUUUGAUGAAAGUAAAAAGGUGAAUUUUUAAUAAAUACAAGUAAUAAUGGUAAAUAUGACUAAACCUAAAACAGAAAUUUUACAAUUAUUUUCUGAACAAAAACGUAAUAAUAGUUACUUAAAUGUUGCUGCACCUAUGGUUCGUUAUAGCAAACUAGAAUUUAGAAAACUUUUAAGAAAACAUAAAACUCAUUUAUGCUUCACUCCAAUGAUUGUAGCUGAUUCUUUCUGCAGAAGCGAAGAAGCCCGUAAUAGUGAAUUUACAACAUCACUUGAUGAUUAUCCAUUGAUAGCUCAGUUUGCUGCUAAAGAUGCUGUGGAGUUUCAAACUGCAUCUCAAUUGGUGUAUCCAUAUGUAGAUGGUGUCGACAUUAAUUGCGGUUGUCCUCAAAGUUGGGCUAUUUCAAAGUCAUAUGGAUGUGCUCUGCUAAGGAAACCGGAACUUAUACAAGAUAUGAUUAAAUCUGUUCAAAGAGUUUUACCAAACUCAUUUAGUUGUUCCGUAAAAAUGAGGUUAUUACAAAAAAGGGAUCUUAAAUCUACUGUGGAUUUAAGUAGGCAAUUAGAAAAAACUGGAGCCACGUUUAUAUCAAUACAUGGAAGGACUCCACGGCAAAAAACAUCAGAACCUGCCGAUAUGGCAGCUGUUUCAGAAAUUAAGAAGUCUCUGACUAUACCUAUAAUUUAUAAUGGUGAUAUUAAAUGUUUAAACGAUGCAAAUACAGCUUAUAAUGAAACAAAUUGUGACGGGAUUAUGAGUGCAAGGGGUUUACUGAGUAAUCCUACUCUUUUUACAGGCACGACAAAAACAACAAAUGAAUGUUUGCAAGAUUGGGUAAAUAUUGGAGCUGCAGCCGAUAUGAAUAUAUCUUUCCAAUGUUUUCAUCAUCAUUUAACGUUUAUGAUGGAAAAGCUCUUGAAGAAAAAAAUUAGGACUCAUUUCAAUAAUUUUACGACGAAGGAGCAAAUUUUUAGUUUUAUGUUAGAACAUUUUAAUAUUACUCCAGAACUAAAUUCCGAUGCAUAUGAUUAUGGACAAAACCUUUUAAAAUGUGAUUAUAACAGCAAUGUGUGUGAAAAAUAUAAAGCUCUCAUAAACGAAAAUACAAAUAUUUCACAAAAUGGAAACAGUUGGAAUGAAAAGAGCGUUGGUAAAUACUUUUUGGAGCACACAGAAGGUGAUAAGGAUGAUUAUGACAAUGAUCAAUUCUCCUUUAUGGGUACUUCUAUAUUCGAUUAGGGUUUUUUCCGAGCGUAAAGAAUUAAAGUUAAUUUUUGUAUAUAAGUUGAAACUUAUUUUCAAAAUUAUGUAGAUAUGUAUAUAUGAUAUGUAAAUGAUCAAUUUUAAAAUUUUAAAUAUAAUGGCCAGUAAUAGUGUCCACGU